AAUAGACCCAGAGCAAGCGUGUGCUAUAUAUGACAAGAACAUUUACGGGUGAAUGUCGAACAACAAAACUACGCUGUAAUGUUAUUUUUAUAUUUAACAUAACAAGGUAAAAUUCUCUUCCUUAGCUGAACAUCAGAGUUUGAGGAUGCCAGCAGGCGUAUCUUGGCCCAGAUAUCUGCGGAUGUUUGCAGCCAGUGUGUUGUCCAUGUUUGCCGGAGCACAGGUUGUGCAUCAAUAUUACCGUCCAGAUCUCUCCAUUCCAGAGGUUCCACCAAAGCCUGGAGAACUGCGAACAGAACUUCUUGGCUUGAAAGAAAGGCAGAUGGACUCUCAGAAACAAUGACCAGCAUUUUUCAAAGCAACUGCGUAUAGAUGGUGUACAGACUAUGGAAGCGUCAUUUUGUCAUGGAAUAAAUCUUUUAAGACGUUAUAUCACAAAAUUCUGAUGCCAAUUGCAAGUUCUUUAAAUUAUAAACUUUAAAUGAUAAACUUUUGACUUUUUUUCUUCACUUGGCAAGUCGAUUCAGAGAGAAAGAAAAAUCUAAAUUGCAUUGUGUAUACUCAGAAUUAUGAGUUUACAUGCCAUGAUUUCUAUUUUAUUUUAUGUUUUGCGGUUCUAUGUUUAAAUCUCAAAAUUGUUCAAACUGUGAUAUAAGGAGGGAUGCUACAUGCAAAAUUCUGUACUGCAGCUCUGUGAAAAGGGCCGGGAUUAAACAAGCCGAUUAGACAUUUAAAAAAAGCAAACAAUUGGUCAAUAUUUUAAAGUCCCCAUGAACCGAAGCUACAACCGUUAUUUUUUGUGUAUUGUGACGCAGUUCACAGGAUAUUACAGUAAAUGACAACAAUGACGGAUAUUACAGUAAAUGACAAAACAGUUGGUGUGGCUUGUUUCUUCUACUGCGAGCAUGUAUAGUAAUCUAGGUAUUUCAUUCAGAAAGAUCAGGGUUUGGGAAGAGUUAUUACAAUAGACACCUCCUCACCAUUUCUGUUUGUUGCCAUAACUGACCGUUGGAGGGGUGUGGUUAAAUAUGUUAGCCUCGCCCAAUUCCUAAUAUAUAUUUAAUCUGACAAUUUAACUGAAAAAAGCAGCAUUUUCAGAUUGAAAUUAAAGAUUAGAAGGCCAAACAAUUUUUUUCUUAUUGACAUGCACAGAUGAACUGUUCAUCACAAAACUAGCAAUGAGCUAACAAAAUCAACAUGGUUAGUUUUGAUUUCUUGGGCACUUUAAAUUUCUGUUUGGCCUCACGCAAUCACGUGAUGAGAUUUCACAGGUAAGAGUUUACCAUGCUUGAAUUUUGCAACACAGCGAACUGCGAAACUUGUCGCACGAGCUUGCGUUUCUGGUCUGAUGCAUUCGCAUGCAUAUGAAUGGAGGUCUAUGGGGUGAAAAUUGCAGUGUGAUCGCGGCUUGACAAGUACCUUUUAAGUUGUGUGAAAUGGGCUUUCAUAAGCUAUACUUCUAUAUAGUGUGAACAAAUGUUUUUUAAGGCCUGAGUAAAAUUAUGUAAAGUUUGUUUAUUCUAUGAAUAAAGUUGUUUAUAUGUUUA